AUGGUUUGUCGAUUUUCCAAAGUUGUAAAUGUGGGACGAAAAACGACUUCACACGAACACAAACAUGAAGCGCACAAACACGAGCACGGUUAUGGCCAUAAAAAGCAUGAACAUCAUGGAUAUGGACACCAUAAGGCAGAGCAUCAUGAGCACAAAGAACAUCAUCACGGCUACGGUCAUAAGCCUGAACAUCAUGGCUAUGGGCAUCAUGAACACAAGGAGCACCAUGAACAUAAAGGCUACGGACAUCAUGAACAUAAAGAACACCACGAACAUAAAGGCUAUGGUCAUCAUGAAUACAAGGAACACCACAAGCCUGAACAUCAUGGCUAUGGACACCACGAGCACAAAGAACACCACGGCUACGGGCACCAUGAGCACAAGGAACACCAUGAGCACCACAAGCCUGAACAUCAUGGAUAUGGACACCACGAGCACAAAGAACAUCAUGAACAUAAGGCUCACCAUGGAUACGGUCAUCACGAGCACAAAGAACAUCAUGGUUAUGGACACCAUGAGCAUAAAGAACACCAUGCCCAUCAUGCCUAUGGACACCUCAAGCCUGAGCAUCAUGAACACAAGGCACAUCAUGCGUAUGGACACCAUGAACAUAAAGAACACCAUGGCUACGGUCACCACAAGGCUGAACAUCAUGAACAUAAGGCUCACCAUGGAUAUGGACACCAUGAACAUAAAGAACACCAUGAACAUAAAGAACACCAUGGUUACGCACACCACAAGCCUGCUCACCAUGGCUACGAACACCACAAGCCUGCUCACCAUGGCUACGGUCACCACGAGCACAAGGUGCACCAUGAACAUAAAGAACACCAUGCCUACGGACAACACAAGCCUGCUCACCAUGGCUACGGUCACCAUGAGCACAAGGAACAACAUCAUGGCUAUGGACACCACGCUGCUCAUCAUGUACACAAGGAACACCAUGGUUAUGGACACGCCGCCCAUCACGGAGGUCACUACCAUGUGCAAGAGGCACAUCAUGCCCACCACGCCUACCGAUCGGCCGCGCCUAGCUAUGAUGCUCCUCACCAUGGUGGCCAUCAUGGAACUGCAAAGUGUGGUGCAAAUGUCCUGGUCGGAUGUGCCCCGGGUUUAACCAAGGUACCGUGUGCUCCCUUGCACGAAAAGGGCUACUAG